GUGGAGUUGAUCGUUCCGCUUCCUAAACGGGCGUUCCCUCGUCAUGGAGGGGAGCACGGCCAAAGAGCUGGGCUGUUUGUGGACUGUGUGGGAGUGUAGCUCCCUGCGCUGAUCGUCCUUUCGUUUCGUUUUUAUUGCAGGUCACCCUCUGGAUAUGCACGGCAGUUGGCCCUUUUGCCCGGCGUGGCACCUUCCUCGGGGGCUGGCCGUGGGACCUUCUCUGUCCUCGGAGAAGGGUCUGGGAGUGUGGUGUGUGGGGCGCGCUCUGCAGCCAGGGAUGUUGCUGCUGCUUGGGCCGCAGGGCGAGGAGCAGAAGGCGGCCACUUCCUUGUCGGCAUUUCCAUUACCCAGCUGGAAAAAGGCUUCUGCUUGCAACAGGAUAUCCAACUGGAGGAGCCUCGUGAAGCAAAGCCGGGUUGAAGAUGAAGCAAAUGUAAUGUUAGAAUGGAUCAACGGGGAGCUGCACAUCAGAGUCUGCUGUCCUAUUGAUGUGGGCAGUGAACUGCUAUGCUGGUUAACUGAAUCACAGGCCAGUCCUACUUGUCUGGAAAAUGAUAGCCUGGCACAUACCUCAGAUAGGAAACUUUUUACAGAGAAUAAAAAACUGCAAAAAAUGCCAGUAGUGGCCACCACCAAGACCAUAGAUUUAGAAGAGGAGGCUUUGAUGCAGAAAGAUGAUAUUAUCCAGGAUUCCUCUGCAGGUAUUCCUGAUAUUCCCAAGUCUGCAGAGUUGAAAGACAGAGGCUGUUGUGUUUCUGUGUUGAAUAAGAAGCUGAAGAACAAACAGACCCUUGGAUUAGAUGUCAAUCACAAGAAAAGCAAUAAAAAUUCUUCCUUGCAAAUUGAACAACAGGAGACCAAAAUACAGAGUGGAAAUAAUAAACUUUUUAAAAGCUGUCCUGUUUCCAAGAAUGAUGGAGGCAAAGAAGAUGCUAUACUGUAUUCUCAGGAAGAGCAGGUGAAUGAGAUAAAGUCAGAUGCAACAUUGGCUGAAACCUGUUCAAACCCACCAUCGUGCAGUGCAGUUUGCAUCAGUGCCAUUUUAACUGAUAAUAUAGAGACAUUAAGGGAAGAGUCCUGUGCUGAAAUAAUCCCCAGUGGAUAUCUUCCAAGUACACCCAAAGACAGGGCAGAGAAUGAAAAGAAAAAUCCUACACAAGAGGAACAGUCGCAUAGAUACAAGCCUGGUGCUUCAGCUCACACAGAAUCAAGCACUAAACGACGACACCGGUGUAAAGAGUGUGGUAAAGCAUUCCUCCAGCUUUGCCACCUGAAAAAACAUCAUUUUGUGCAUACUGAUCACAAACCGUUCCUGUGCACAGAAUGUGGCAAGAGCUAUAGUUCAGAAGAGAGUUUCAAAGCGCAUAUGCUGGGCCACAGGGGGGUAAGGCCCUUUCCCUGCCCACAGUGUCACAAAACUUAUGGCACCAAGCGUGACCUUCAAGAACAUCAGGUACUGCAUACAGGCCAGCGCCCCUAUGCCUGUCCAGAUUGUGGAAAAUCAUUUGCCCGGCGUCCCUCCCUUCGUAUCCAUCGCAAGACUCAUCAAGUUAAACAGCCAAGCUCUACCCCUGCUGCCUGCCAGUGUGUGAUAUGUGGACGGCACUUGGCCAACCCAGGAUCGUUGCGGAACCAUAUGCGCCUGCACACAGGGGAACGUCCUUAUACUUGUCCCUACUGUCCCAAGUCAUUCCGUCAGCAAGGCAAUCUACGAGGGCACCUUAGGCUACAUACAGGGGAACGCCCUUAUCACUGCCAUUUCUGUGGAGAUGCCUUCCCACAGCGUCCUGAGCUGCGCCGUCACCUGAUCUCCCACACAGGUGAGGCUCAUCUGUGCACAGUAUGUGGUAAAGCAUUGCGUGAUCCCCACACGUUACGAGCUCAUGAACGCCUGCACACAGGUGAGCGGCCUUUCCGCUGCCACCUGUGUCCCAAAUCCUAUCCUCUAGCUACAAAACUCCGGCGUCAUCAGAAAGCACAUCAUGGUGACAAGCCCCAUCAGUGUAACAUUUGUGGUAUAGGCUACAGCCUCCCUCAGAACCUUCAACGCCACCAGCUUGAGCACAAAGACAAUCUAGUCAAGGAUUCAUCCAAAUUUGACAUCAAAGAUCUCAAGGAUAUUGCAGUUUCAGAGCAGCCUGCUGUGUUGGUAGUACACACUAUGAAUAUGGCAGAGCCUGGCAGGAAAGCAAAAGUCCUCAUCUCUAACAGUAACUACAUUGGAGCACAAGAGAGCUCUGACCGACACAAGGAUGUCAUUGAGAUUGCUGUUUCAGACACUGAGGAAGAAUGUAUCAUUGUGCAGGAGCAGGCUUCUCCCAGUAACAUGUUUAUUCUUCAAGAGGGUGUUGGUUUUAGUACUGUGGCAGAAGUAGUUGAGGUAGAAUUGGGAACUUGAGCAUUGCAUUUAUUGUGGAUUGUCUAAGUAUGCUUUUUCUGUAAUUGUGAAAGGGCAACAUGAGGGUUUAGAAGCACAGAAUUCCAGAAAAGGGGCAGGUAUUUGUGUGUGACUUCAAAUUUGGCUGAAUCAUCAAUAUCAGUACAGAUCCUAGAGCCUUUAUGAUUGGACUGCAUGGUAGGCUCUGGUGAGUAGACCAGAAGUUAUUUAUUAAAAAUGCUCACUGAGUAUCCUUUUUUGCACAGUCAGUAUUGGUUUAAAUUAAGUGAGGACUAUUCUUACCUAUUUGUGUAUCAUAUAAGAUGUGGCAGUUCUAAAAAAAAAAUACAGCGGUAAAGCAUACUAGCACUGAUCAUGUGGUUCAGUCAAGUAGUUUGAAUAAUUAAAUUAGUUAUAUCACUCCACAUGGAAUGAUUAAUGUGGCUGUGAGAGCAGUCUCUCCAUUGACUAGCCAAAUCAUGUGAUUGAUAAUCGCAUACAACUUCUCCAGGGUCAUACAUGAUGUUAAGAUAGCAUGUAGACAGGCCUGAAUUAAAUCAUAUUGCAGUCUUGCUGAGAAUUGUACAGCCUGGUAGUUGUGCAUAUAGACAAAAUAUUUCUUUUUAAAAUCAACUAAAUGUUGAAUCUAGUAAAACAAUGUUCCCCAAUCUGAUGCUCUCAAGAUAUAAUGUGAUGAAACUCUUAAUAUCUCUAAUCUAACUACUGAUGCUCCAGUAUACUCUUAACUUUCUUGGUUCUCCCCCAGCUAAGAAGAACUUGGGUUUUUUCUUUAUUUAAUAAAUGCAAGUAGGCAGUAGAGGGUAGCAUUACAGUCUUUAUUACUACGUACAAUAGAGGCUCUAUUUUAAUAAGGUAAGCACAUUUGUUUGGGCCCAGACAGGCAAAUACAAAAACUUACCUGGUCCCACUUGGGUUUUAUAGAAUAUUUAUCAGACAGAGAUCAGUUAGAACAACAGAAACUCAUGUUCAAUAAUAUAAAAACCAUGUUUUAAUCAGAUGCUGUGUGUUAUACACAUACUGCUGGAUUGAUCUAUUUCAGACUGUAAAUG